AUGAAUGGGAAACAUUCACAGGAGGAAGUCGAGGACCCCAACGAAGAGCUGUACACUACAAUAAAGAUCAUGGCUUCUGAGGGAGGGAAGCCAAAGGGGCCCGAUGUUCGUCUGGGCAUCAACCAGCACUACCCAAGUUUCAAACCCCCUCCUUUCCCCUAUCACAGCCGCUCUCACGCUUCUGUCGCAUCAGCGACAAACUUUACAACUCACAAUAUUCCCCAGACCUUCAGCACUGCCAUUCGCUGCACCAAAUGUGGCAACAGCUUUGACAACAUGCCUGAGCUGCAUCAACACAUACUAGCCUGUGCUAAUGCUAGUGAUAAGAAACGCUACACUCCCAAGAAGAACCCCAUUCCCCUUAAAGAGAUUGUCAAGUCUCCAAAUGGAGUGGUAUCGCCUUCUGCCGCUGCAGGGCAGGGGGCAUUCAGGAGGAUGGGCCAGCCAAAGAGACUGAACUUUAACACAGAAUCUGGCAAAACAAAAAUGAGUGCUCUGAGUAGGAAGAAGAACCAGCUGGUCCAAAAAGCCAUCUCGCAGAAAAAUAAAUUUGCCCCAAGCCCCAAGACCUCUCCUGUAAAAGCUGAGGAAGAGCUGGUCUCUCCCAAUUCGAACAUCUGCCCACACUGCAGCCGCGAGUUCACCUACAACGCCAGCCUCACCAAGCACUGUUUGAAUUGCCCUAUGAAGCCUGUGGUGAAGAAGGGCAAAAAGUCAGCAGCAGCUGAGGUUAAGAAAGAGCGUACCGCCACCCCAGUGACCGACAAGACAAUGAGCCUGAGGAAGAAGGCUGCAGAACCAGAACCUCUUCAGACUGAGCCAGAAGCCAAACCAUUGGGGAAGACCAGAGCACGCAGCUCCGGUGCUGCUGAACCAGAGCCCACUCAAACCAGUAAAGGCAAAGGAGGUCCAGGACGGCCCAAGAGACCUGCCUCCUUAUCAGAGGCCAAACCUCCUGCUUUAAAGAAGGCAAAGAAAGGCUCGCCUCAAUCUGCUGCUCCACCAGCUAUUGCCGAACCACCUGUUGACCCUUCACAGAAACCUGCCACGUCAAAACCUCAGCCCAAGGGUAAAGACACCGUGCCCAAGAAACCAGCAGAGCUCAAGACCCCUCCUGUGAAGAAGGAGCGCUUCUCCCUCCGCAGCAGAUCGGGAGGUCCCAUCACCCGCAGCUCUCAGGCCACAUCUCCGGGGAACGCCGAGGAACAAGCCAGUGAUGAGCCCAAAGACACUGUAACUGUUGUAGCGGCAGUUGAGACUCAUCUUUUGCAGUAG